AUGGGAGGUGAAGAUGAAGAAGCUGAAGAUAUCCCACAUGUACAAAAAGAACAAGUGGGAAACCAAACACUACUCGAAGCUGAAGAUAUCCCACAUGAAAGGGCAGAACAAGUGGGAAACCAGACUCUACCCGAAUCAGAAUAUAGAGGUUCGGUUGACUCACGACAUGUUCGUGGGAAUCUAGACGAUGAGCCAACUGAUCCUAUUUAUGAUGGUCCACACUACGACCCCAGAUGUGACCAUUCUACUCUAAAGUUUACGGUGGGAAUGAGCUUCAAUUCCCUGGAGCAGUUUAAAGAGGCAGUGGAGGAACACUCCAUCGCAAUUGGAGCUGAUAUCAAGUGGACGAGAAGUGACAAGAAUAAGAAGCAAGUUGAAUGUCGCCAGAAGUAUGGGUGGUAUAUCUAUGGUAGUUAA